UAGUAAGCCAACUUACCCAACUACUAUUGAACCUCUGAAAUGCCUUCAUUUGCUGCAUAAAUAUUCUCAUUUUUAGUACUCCGGAUGGAUACCCAGAGAUAUGUGCUCCGCUGCCUAGCCCGAUCCCAAGACACUGGCAUUCGGCACAUCUAUUGGCCAUUCCACCUUUCUUCCCCCCUGGCGCGCCCAAAUAUGCAGCCGUCCCACGCCUCCCGAGGUCAUACUGUAGUAAUACUAUCCUCCGCUAGUUCUUUGAAGGCGACUUAGGUUCCUCUUCCAUGGCCUCAGCAACAACCCGUUUAGGAAAACCUCUCAGCUCCAGGGCUGUCGGCGCAUCACAUAUUAAAAUUAAGACACCUGUUUGCAACUGGGAAGGGGGACAGACAGAGGACACAUAUCCCAGGUACAGCACUCACCGCUUGGGGAAACCAUUCAUAAAAAUAUCAUGCGAUUGACAAAUACCCGGACUUGCUGCCCUGCUUGCGCUGCUCUGCUUGGUUGUCUGGCUCCGGUUACCCGCCGAGGCUGGAUAUCAUCCUGUCUAUAUGCGGUUGUCAUAUCAUUUUCCUUUGGGGACCUCGGGAGAUCCGGGGUUCUGGAAACCAAACCGGGCUAACUAUGCAAGCAAGAGUUGGCAUAUAAAUUAUACAUAAGAGAUGACGGCGCGAACUGGGGAGAAUAGGAGCCCCUGAGGCGAUAAUUUCGUGGACAUCCCCGAAUCGAGGCAAAUGUGACAUUGUCUUAGUUACUCCGCCGGGCCACUCCAUGGAUGGGACAUACAAAUAUCUACCUGUAGGUAUAAGAGUCUAUAUAUAUAUAUCUAGGUGAAUAGCCCGAGCAUAGUGUGUGCGGCCAACUUCACGCAAUAUAGUUAUAGCCAUGAUCGCUUCCAGCGUGGUUGACACUACCUCCUCUCUACGCCGGCUUAUCGACAGCCUCGAUAACCUCCCAUCAAAUCCACCGUCGCUGUAUAUCGACCUUGAAGGCAUCAACCUCUGUCGCGAAGGUAGCAUCUCGAUUCUUCAAAUCUUCAACCACCCCAAGGAGCAUGUCUACCUCGUCGACAUCCACCACCUUGGUGAAGCAGCCUUCACAACAACCGGAACAAAUGGAAAAUCGCUCAAGAGCAUCCUAGAAUGCCCAGUUACGCCCAAGGUCUUUUUCGACGUCCGAAACGACUCGAACGCACUGUUUUUCCACUUCGGAAUCCGCCUUCAGGGCAUCGAAGAUAUUCAGCUUAUGGAAAAUGGGUCGAGACCGGGUCCACUCUCGAGAAAAAAAUUCGUCUCGGGCCUAGCGCGGUGUAUAGAGAUGGACACGCCGGUUUCUCCGGCUGCCAAACGACUCUGGAAGGAAAAUAAGGAUAAAGGAACGCAGCUCUUUGCGCCAGAGCGCGGCGGCUCUCAUGAGGUGUUCAACGUCCGGCCUAUCCCACAGGCUAUUAUAGACUAUUGUGUGCAAGACGUCUCUUUCAUGCCCCUGCUACGAACACUCUACUGGAGCAAACUCACGCCGCAUUGGAAGUCCGAGGUUGUUGGUGCGACGAAGGAGCGGAUUCGGGUGUCCCAGACCCUCACAUACCAGCCAAAUACUAGGGAUAAGACACUAAGCCCAUGGCAGAGCCUUAAUACUAAGACGGUUGGUAUGGCCAAUGGUCUGAUGGGGCGACUUGAGUUGUUUGGCGGCAGGUGACUGGUUUGGAAUAGACGGAGUGGAAGAUAAACGGAAAGGAGGAUGGGAGGGUAGUUAGGGGCCCCCUUAUUUUUUGGAAGAAAUGGCUUAAACUAAGUGCGUGUGAAGUGGAUUCAUAUUGAUGCCGUUACGAUUUUUGCGGGGUUAGAUUCUUCCUUUUUAUUAACUUUCCUCGCCCUGAUUUUUACUUGAGGUAAUUGUUUUUGAUGGAUAUGGCACUGUAUGCAUCGGAAUACCUACUAUCUACAAAUGUAGAAAUGCAAAUGGAAUUUCGGAAACGGGAGCUGCUGCUGUGAAAUGGUUAAUGCGGAUCAAAAUACUCCUUCGCAACAGUGCGCAAAGAGGGGUGGACAUGCCGGGCUAAUCUCAAAGCGUUACUAACUAGUAGUUAUGUAUUAUUUAUUUUGCAGGGCUAUGACAUACGUAGUUUAGCAAAGAGAUUUUGAUCAAUCACUUUUCACCCCAUUAUUAUUCAAUUAUUCCGUCGCGAACUCGCAAGAAAAAAC